AUGGAAAAUCACACUAGACUCACAGAAUUUAUGCUGUUGGGACUUUCAAGUGAUCCACAAGCACAGGUCUUUCUCUUCUUUGUCUUCUUAAUAAUAUAUGCCACAACAUUCACUGGAAACUCUGCCAUCAUUUUCAUAGUCAAGACUGAAACAAGCCUUCACACCCCCAUGUUCUUUUUUCUCAGUCAUCUGGCCCUCGUUGAUAUUUGCUACUCCUCCGUCACUGUCCCAAAGAUGCUGGAAACUCUUCUAGCCACAAAGAAAUCCAUUUCCCUGGUCGGAUGUAUCACACAGAUUUUCUUCUUUAAUCAUUUUGUUUGUGCUGAUGUUUUUCUGCUUUCAGCCAUGGCCUAUGACAGAUAUGUUGCAAUAUGUGACCCGCUCCAUUAUUCAACAGUAAUGACAAAGACCAUGUGCUGGCAAAUGGUGGGAGGAGCCUGGUUCAUGGGCUUAUUUGAUGCAAUGCUCAAUGGAUUGCCAUUUAUGCAUUUGAACUUCUGUAGACACAAUCUACUCAACCACUAUACCUGUGAAAUUUCUGCAGUUCUGAGCUUGUCUUGUAGUGGGACUUCCCUCAAUUAUAAGCUCUUAUUUGCCUCUUGUUUUCUCUUUGGUUUCAGUUCCUUCCUCCUCAUCCUUGUCUCUUACAUUUAUAUUAUUUCUACCAUCCUCAAGAUUCAGGCUGGAAAACGCAGGAGUAAAGCCUUUUCUACCUGCAGCUCUCACCUCAUUGUGGUUUGUCUCUUUUAUCUAUCAGUUUUCUCCAGAUAUUUGCAGCCACGUUCAGAGUCCUUCACAGAUUUUGACAAAGUGAGCUCUAUCCAGUACUUAGUUUUAAGUCCUCUGCUAAACCCCAUCAUAUAUAGUCUGAAAAACAAAGAACUGAAAACUAUUCUGUGGAAAAUGUGUGAGAAACAUGGGUAA